AUGGGAAUAGAUGUCGACUAUUAUACCACAGUCAAAGAGGUAUAUACCGAUGCUACAACUCGGAUCUCGAAUCAAGGGACUUCUUUAUCGCUUCUCAACGCAGCCGGGAUCGGAAGAUAUCGUAAUGAUAAGCACAUCUCCAUCAAUCAUAAUCUCCCUAGCUGGGUUCCAGACUUCUCGCAUUUCCCAGACUCUAAUCUUCUUUCUAUUCCUGCUAGUUUGGAGGACUACAAAAUGCCGGAGGCUUCCAAAGCCAAAAAAUCUCUGAUUAAUAUCAACUCGACAAAUCCAGGUAGAGUCUUGAUGAAAAUUCAAGGUCGAUCAGUGUCUCGUGUUACUGCCAUCUACCCCUCUAGACCUACAACCGUAUACAAGAACAAUUUUGGCGAGUUCCAAGUCGAGCUGAAACAACGUCAAGAUUGGAUUAUCGAGACAAUGAAUUACGCAUCAAGACUUGAGCCUUAUCCAGGUGGCAUACCUUGGCGUCAAGUAUACUCACGCACUCUUGUCAAUAAUAAACUGCCCCUUCCUAUCCGUGGAAUGCCAGUGGAACCUCCAUAUUGGGAGCACCUGGACGUUUUCCUCGAAGUUUUGGAAAAUAUAAUAGGAGCUAAUGCGCAAGAGAUAAGCGAGAUAGAAAAGGCAGGAGGAGUAAUUGAAGGUUUUGAUGAAGAGAUUGUGGAAAAGACGCGGAAGUUUGCAUCGGGGGUUGCUUUCCGUGGACAUAUGUUCGAGACGGAUAAUGGAUAUUUGGGAAUGGGUCAGGAGGGUAUGGAGGUGGGUGAUGAGGUUUGUUUGUUUUAUGGGGGGGAGACGCCGUAUAUUGUGCGGAGAUUAACAGAGUGUCAGAGCAAGGCUUCGAAUCAAGCCUCGGGACAUGAGUAUGUUUUGGUUGGUGAUUGUUAUGUUGAUGGGUGGAUGGAUGGGGAAGCUACGGGGAUGGGUGAGGAGAAAGAGUUUGUGCUGGUUUGA